AUGGCAAAAAUAAAGCCGGAUGUACGGAAGAAACAACCUAAAUCACCAUCACCGCGUGGACGGAGGAAACAACCGCGUAAGCGACCUAAACCAACCCUAACACCACGGCGAAAACAACCUGAACCAUCACUAACAUUAUCGCUAUCACUGCAUGAUCAUCUUCCCAUUGAUUUGGUGGAAGAAAUUCUCUGUAGACUUCCAGUGAAACCACUCAUUCAACUCCGUUGCGUUUGCAAGUCAUGGAACUCUCUUAUCUCUGAAAAUUCUAAUUUUGCCAAGAAGCAUCUCCUCUUGUCAACCUCAAACCAAGCCCGCCACCAUCUCAUCCUAAAGACUCUUAAGUUUCUUAAUUUACAAUCUCCAAUCUCCACUAUCUUCAACUCCGGAGACGCUACGAUCUCCAUGUACUCUCUAAGAGAGAUUCUCAAGAAAGGAGAAUCUGAUUGUGAUGGCGGUGGUUAUGUCUCCACUUGUGACGGCAUCCUAUGCUAUAAGAUAGAUACUUCUUCUGCUGUUUUGUUUAACCCUUCUAUUAGAAAAUUCAUAAUAUUACCUCCUUUGGAAUUUCCUGACCAAACACAAGCUAAUUUCUUAUAUACAUUAGCAUAUGAUAGUUUCAUUAAUAAUUAUAAGGUUAUUGUUCUUAUUGACCAUCGUAACAAAAGAGAAGUCAAUAUUCUUACUUUGGGUACAUCUUAUUGGAGAAGAAUAGACUUUCCAAGUCAUGAACAGUUAUUAUUGGACAAAAAUUCUAACUUUGAACUUAUGAGUACAUCGACGGGAAUAUUUAUCAAUGACUCUGUUAAUUGGUUGACUUUAGAGUUGAUUGUUUCUCUUGAUUUGAAGAAAGAGUCGUAUCAAAAGCUUUCAGUACCCGUCUCUAAUGUUCGAUUCGGAUCCUCAUGUUUAGUUACUUUAGGGACAUUGAAGGGUUGUUUGUCUCUUCUUAUUCCCAUGAUGAACACUUUUUCUGAUAUUUGGAUUAUGAAAGAAUUUGGUAAUGAAAAGUCAUGGAUUAAAUUGUUAAGUAUUCCUUACAUGGAAGCAUGGUGCCCUUUUCGCUAUAGCAAGGUAUUAUAUAUUUCAGAGGACAACCAAGUGUUAAUGGAGACUUUUAUAUGUAGGAAAUUAAAAUAUAUGUUAGUUGUUUAUGAUUGCAUAAACCAUACUUUUAAUUUUCCUGAAUUUCAAAACAAGAUCCCAGAUUAUGGUAUGGUACCUGAAAUCUAUGUUGAGAGUUUGAUAUCACCUUUUUAG